AUGAUGCCCAAUCCCCACGUCUACGGCCACCAUCAGUAUCCGCAGGCUGAGUCGGCUUGGAUGCACCAGCAGCAGCAGCCAUCCCAUCAGCAGCAUCAUGUCCAACAGGCUGCGGCGGCCGCCGCCAAUGCUGCCCAGCAACAGCACUACAACCGUCUCGCGACCGCCCACAAUGCGACCAAUCAGGGCGGCCACGGCGGCGCCCAGGAGAGCGCCCUCGAGUCGUCGGUCUCGGAGGACAAUCGUCGGACGCUGCAGUACAUCGCCGACCUGCUGAACGAGAACACACGCGAGGGCGCGCUCUUGGAGCUCAGCAAGAAGCGCGAGCAGGUUCCGGAGCUUGCCCUGAUCCUGUGGCACUCGUUUGGCGUCAUGACCUCGCUCCUCCAGGAAAUUAUUAGCGUCUACAACCUCCUGAGCCCAUCCCAGCUUACUGCGGCCGCGUCCAACAGGGUCUGCAAUGCGCUGGCGCUUCUACAGUGCGUUGCCUCACACAACGAGACGCGCACGUUGUUCCUGACUGCGCAUAUCCCACUCUACCUCUACCCGUUCCUCAACACCACCUCGAAGUCGCGGCCGUUUGAAUAUCUCCGUCUCACCUCCCUCGGUGUGAUCGGCGCACUGGUGAAGAACGAUUCGUCCGAAGUCAUCAACUUCCUCCUCACGACCGAGAUCAUUCCGCUGUGCCUGCGGAUCAUGGAAACCGGCUCUGAGCUCAGCAAGACCGUCGCUAUUUUCAUAGUGCAGAAGAUAUUGUUGGAUGACAAUGGCCUCAACUAUAUUUGCGCUACCUACGAGCGUUUCUACGCCGUCGGUACUGUCUUGAGCAAUAUGGUUGCGCAGCUGGUUGAGCAGCAGACGGCUCGACUCCUUAAGCAUGUUGUCAGGUGCUUCUUGAGGCUCAGCGACAAUGCCCGCGCCCGCGAGGCCCUCCGACAAUGCCUCCCCCAGCCGCUGCGGGACCAAACCUUCUCUGCAGUUCUCCGCGACGACGCCGCUACCAAGCGCUGCCUCGCCCAACUCCUCAUCAAUCUGUCAGAGAACGCCAUGGAGCCGUCGGUCGGCCAACUUGGGCUUUAG